UUUACCUACGUGCGAUACAAUGUAGUGCAAGUGAGACUAUCAAUCCUGAGUUUAUCAACCUUUAUCAAUAUCACUGUCACGUUCAUGAUCAGAAUCAUAAACUGGAUUUCCACCGGGUUUUUCUGGGGAAAGGGAAUCUGAGUGUGUAGCCUGCGGUGCGAGCAAGCCAAGCAGACGUAGUGGGGAAAGAGUGGGCGCUUUUUUGAGGGACUGUACUGGACCACAGAUGCAUUUCUAAAUCUGCUGCUUGCCUCGUCAUGGGUGUAAUAGAGGAGACCGAUGUAGAGCAGGUGACCCUGGCCCUAAUGGAUGCUGCCAAUGACAGGGACCCUGUGGUGCAGGAGCAGGUCAGGAAGUCCAUCUUGACUCUGGGAAAACAGCAGCCUGACAAGGUCCUGUCCAUGUGCCAAGACUACGUGCUCAAACACCCAAAGCUGGUGAUCGGGCACAGAGUGGUGGUCUUGCAAACCAUUGAGUUGGUGGUAAAGAGCAGGAUUGAUGACAUCAGUUACCCUAAGAUCAAGAAUGUCAUACAGCUGGCAUCAGAUGAGAUGACCAAAUCAAAGGAUGUUGUCCCAGAAUGGCAGCAAGCAGCCAGUAAUAUUCUGGUUGCUGUGGGCAACAAAUAUAUCAAUGACAUCAUGGAAGAGAUACUCAGCAAGUUUCAGCCAGGAGUUUUACCUCACUUCUUUGUGGUCCAAACACUAGCCAAUCUCUCAGACUCAAAUGUGUAUGGGAUGGUGCCUUUUCUCAAUGCUAUAAUGGGAACCAUGUUGCCCAUGCUGGGUAUGGCCAAACAGGACAACAUGAAAUGGGUCUUCUCCUCUGCUCUCUGUCGAUUUAGUGAGAGCAUUCUAGAGUAUCUGGCCAACCUAGACAAGGCUCCAGACCCCACUGUUCGUAAGGACACCUUCUCCAGCGACAUUUACUUGGCCUAUGACAUACUGUUCAGCAGCUGGGUCCAGAGCAGGGAGCCCAAGCUGCGUCUGACGGUUGCAGAGGCUUUUGGGUCCAUGAGUCACCUGAUGGCACAUGAUAAACUGGAAGAGCAGCUUCCUAAACUACUUCCCACUAUACUGGGCCUCUACAAGAAGAAUACAGAACACUACAUCAUCAGCAAGAGCCUGUGUCAGGUUUUGGAGGCCUCUGUGAAUAUGGGGAGCAGAGUGUUGGAGACACAGAUUGACAGCCUCUUACUCGCUCUGCACCAGCAGAUAUGUUCACCUGUGGACUUCAGCAAUCCUCCAACUGUGAAAAAUCACAACGAAGUGCUGCGAUGCUUCAGUAUCCUUGCUAACACAUUCCCAGACCGUCUGAUGGCGUUUGUCCUGCAGAGGUUGGAGAACAGUAAUGAAAGGAACAGAAUGGGCUCUCUGGCCGUACUCCGACACCUCAUCAACUCAUCCACCUCCACUAUGGAAACCAAAAAACUUCUAAUUCUUGCCAGCAUCAGACAACCUUUGGCUGACCACAACAAUAAGGUUAAGAAGAGAGUUGUGCAGGUGAUCAGUGCAAUGGCUCAUCAUGGAUACCUGGAGCUGGAUGGAGGAGACCUGCUUGUCCGUUUCAUCAUCCAACACUGUGCUCUACCUGACACUUUCAAUCAAGGUCAGCGACCCCCAGACCCAGAGGAAGUGACCAAUGAAGCUCUGCGGAGCAUGUGUGACAACACACUUCACCUAUUCACUACCACAGUUGGUCGCCUGACAGAUGUACUGUGGCCGAUGCUGCUUUGCUAUCUGACCCCAAAUCAGUACGCCAACGCCACCACCCCCCUGUGCAAGAGUUUAAUUCUGCUGGCCAAUAAGAAACGAGCAGCACACGAACCCAACUUCACCAUCGACUUCAGUGCACAAGGUUCCAGUCUUCCUACCCAGUAUAUACUGAUGAUAAGGCUCCUUGUGAAUGCCUCGUUCCCUUUUCAUUGUCGGGGGCACGGGGCUCCAUCCUUGAGUCUACUCAACGCCAUCAGCCCUAACAUUCAUCCUAAAGCCGAACCACUGUGGGACAAAGAGAUUCCAAAGCUGCUCAAUUAUCUUGAAGAAUCAACAGAAGAGUCUCUGGAUGAAAAGAAAUGGGAAGAGAGUUUACUUCAGCUCCUGACUAAAACCCUGGCAGCCAUUGAUGACAGCCAGUGGACGGGUCAGCUCGCCGUAGAGGCCACACGAUACCUUCCUACCUACAACAACUCUCUGGAUGAGAAGAGUUUUUUGUAUAGAUGUGUUGGUAUGAUUCUCCAGCAGUGCUACAAUAAAGAGCUGGUCAGGAAACAGCUGCAGGAGAUCCUGAUCAGUGCUCGUCACAAUGAUGCAAUAGAAAGAACGGGUGUUGCCAUGGGAAUCGGGCUGUGUGCAAGCAGCCAUCUUGAUGGCACUCUGGAAAAACUGGAGGAGUUUGGGAAAUCUGUUAUCUUCAGGAAAGCCUCAGGGAUAUUUGGUCUACUCAAAGAUAAAAAUGACAUUGAUGUGGAAAAAAUGAAAAGCACUCUAAUUUUGUGUUAUGGUUAUGUUGCGAUGCACGCGCCAGAAGAUCAGCUCCUCACUCGCAUCGAAAGCGUCAUUCUGCAAAACAUCUCCAAGCAGUUCAACACCAAGGUUCUGGGAAUUAAAGUAGAGACCAAGGACCUGACAAUGAAGCUUAGUCUGAUUCAUAGCAUUGGACUCAUCGCCAAGGCGAUCAGCACCUGUGUUUGUAACCAGGGCUUCGUGUUCUCCCGCAAACAAGAGCUUAUGGGUGUUAUGAUGGAUUUCAUUAAAUCUGAACCAGCGGAUGUUAUGCGGACCCCUAUUCGCUAUCUUGUUUUUACCACAUGUGCCAACCUCGUAAACUUAGAUCCCCCUUUAACAGAAAAUGAGAGUUUUGACUUAUUAAAAACAUGUUUGAAUGGAGUUUUUGGGCUUCCAACAGCAGACACACCAGAAAAAGGUAAAGAUGAAGAAGCCCUGGAUCUGCAGCAGAGAGAGGCCUUCUAUUCCGAUACCUUUAACGCUCUUCACGAUUUGCUGAGAAAUGUGUUAGCCAGAGAUUUGAGUCCUGAUGGUCUUCAGUCUGUGUUCAAGCAUAUAGAGAGCUGGUUGAGCUCAGGGCAAGAGCAUGAGCGGGAGAGAGCAAUGAAGACCACGGCAAAGUUACUGCAGUUUUAUUUGGACAAUCUCAGUGUGAAGAACUUGGUGACAUUUCAUAAUCUAGGAGCUCUUUUGGGCCGUCUGGCACCACGGUGCACAGACCCGAACCCUGAGGUGCGCCGGGCAGCCAUUGACUGCAUCUAUAGCCUAAUGUACAUUCAGCUGCGCUAUGAAGGCUUUUCACUGGACUAUAAGGACGAUUCAGUCGAGAGUCUCUUAGAUGUUCGUGAGAAACUAAACAAUCCUGACCAUUCAGUCUUGUACAAAACCUGCUCUGAGCUGACCAAGGUCAUUAGUAAGCGUCUACCCCAGCAGCAGUUGAGCACUCUGUUGUUUAUGUUGUUUGAUGGUUUGGUGGACUCGCAGUCCAACUGCUCCAGAGCUUCCAGUGUGAUCCUCAACACUCUGCUGAAGAACAGAGGUUCUGCCCUGCAGGAUCUGGUACCAGAGAUGUUGGAGGUGCUACACAGUCGGCUACAGGUGAUUGGUGAAGAGCAGGUGAAGGUGGCCGUCUUUCAGUCAAUCCUCAUAUUUGCUACACAGCAUCUGCAGACCGUUAUCAACACACUUGUCGCCUUCCCACUGCCUUACGACAGCUGGAGCUGUGAAAUGUGGAUGGCUCUGGGAGCAGACAGCACUUUGGCCCUUCAAAUCAUGGAGUUGAUUAUCGAGAAGCUCAAUGUUAUGGUUCCCUAUGCGGAUAAGAAGGAGUCCAUGCUGAGGCCUGGUUUGACCAAAGUCGCCACCAGUCACCCAUUGGCUAUGACAUGUGCCCUGCGUGAGAUGAUGCUGAACGGUCAGUCAGCUGAUGCCGUGGCCGCUGUGUUUCCAAAGCUCUUCAGUGCUCUGCUGGUUCGUUUGGGCUCCAGCGUGGGAGUUCAGCUGCCAAAAGAUCUCAACAGCAACAGCAUCAUUUCAGACCGCAAAACAACUAACAAAAACACUGUGGCCAACUUUGAUGUGUGUGGGGUGGCCAUGGAGGCCCUGCGGAUCCUGCUGGCUCGAGCUCAGCUUGACGCUGUUGUGAAACCAUUAGAUCAGGAGGGAGCUUGGGACAAGAUGAAGGAUCCACAGCAGCACAUGACAGGAGUCACUCUGCUCUCCAGAGCUAUGGCCAAGCAUGCUGGUCCAAGACUGCCUGCCAUUGUGGAGAGUCUCUGCCCUUCUCUCAGUAAUAUUUAUGAGUGCCAGAGGAUCACAGUCACAGCGUUUUUCUCUGAGCUGCUGAACCACCAUGUGGUUACUGAACUGAUGAUUCUGGACAUGUUAAUGAACAACAUGAUGGAGAGGAUAACUGACUCUUGCGGCACUGUCCGCAUGCUGGCGAUCCGAGGCCUGGGGAACAUUGCUGUGGGCUCACCUGAGAAGGUGAAUAAGUAUGCAAAGGAGCUUUUAGCAGCUAUGAGUUCAGGCAUGGAGGAAAAGGAUGACCCGGGGAAACACAUCACAUUGGAGGCCAUGUCAGGCAUGUCCAAGAUACUGCUUUAUCUGGACCAAAAGAACGUCCACCUGCUUGUGGUUUACAUCUUCAUGAAGAUUAAACCCUUUCUGGAGAAUGAGAAUGAUGACAUCCGAUGUGCUUCCAUCAUGCUCAUGGGACACCUGUCAAAAUUUGGCUCGAAUGAGCCCGUCUUUAUGGACCAGAUCCACAAUGUUUUGGUCAGCUUGCUGUUGCACCUCAGUGAUCCCAACACUCAAGUGGUCAAGGCAUGCAAGUAUGCCAUGCGGGCGUGUGCUCCAGUUGUAGGUUCGGUACAGAUCUCCGCUAUGUUCCAGAACCAUCUUCAUGAGGAGAAGGGUCUGCAUUAUGGAGAGUUCAUUAAUGACCUCACCAAAUACAUAAUCCAGGAUUUCCCAGGCAUGCUGAACUUCUACCACAUCACCGUCAUUCAGUUCUUCAAGAGUAACUGGGCUGCGAUCAGAGCCGGUGCUGCCAUGUUCAUAGGGUUUCUGCUUGGGAACCUUCCUGAAGAGCAUUUCUCCCAUAUAAAUAUGGGGUCAGUGACCAGGGGUCUGGUAAUAUUGCUACAGGAUCCAGAUCCACUUGUGCGAGUGAAAGCCGCUGAAGCCAUGGGUCAUUUUCACUGACGUAAUCUCCGCUCUACAGCCAUCAAUCUAGUCUUUUAGUUUUGUUGCUUUAAAUAAGGAGAAAGCCUUGAAUUGUUGCUCUUUAAUGGACCUUUAAAGGUUUUAUUAUAGACCAAAGUCUGUACAUUAGUUCUGUAAGAAAAUAGAAGAAUUAAACAGCUAUGAUGUGUCAUGUUACAGCACUUUUAUUAUAAGUAAUGUCAGAUAUGUGGUGUGUGAUUCCUUCCAUGGUUCUUGUCACCAGCAAUGGGUUUGUAAUAUAUGGUAUAGGUACAGUAGGUACCUGGCAACCCUUUAAACAUUAGACUUACAAAAGAAAUAUACAAGUUUGCUUGGCUGUUCCUGAAGUGUACUAAAUGAAUAUCAGCACAAAGUCAUUAAAGUAUUUAAGAUAAAUUAGUAUAUUUAAACAAAAAUAAAAACUUUUAUUAUCAGGUUUUCCGGAUAAUAAAAUUACAGUACAUAAUACUUCUCAGUUAGAGUAGGUUUUGAGUAUUUAGUUUUUAAUUCUAUCAGAUUGUAUCAAGCAAACGGUUGAGUCACACCGUACCAUAUACCUUCAGCAAUAAAUAACCCUAAAAGGGCUGUGUAUUAGUGUAAGCUGCUGAGCCACUAACUGAGACAGAAAUAGUUUAUCCCUGUUGUCCACAAUCAAAAUUGACAUUUAAAUUAGCUUUGUUUUUUGUUUUUUUGAUUUUUGCUUCUGAUUAUAUCUCAUUCACUACAGAGACAGAACUGUGCUUCCUUCUAGUCCAAAGUAAAACAAUGGAGAGAAACUGUGCCAAAACAUUGAUAUGUAUUAGACAAAUCAAUGUAGAUUUGAUAUUAAAAGAAUUUAUGUAUUGCAUACUCCUUUUGUGAUUCAUCUGUGUUGUCUUGUUGCGUUUUGCAAAUUACAGAUUGUUUGCAAGUUAAUUAGUAAAGUGCAAAGAAUUUCAGGAUAAGUGUUAACUGUUUUAGAGAUUUGCAUGAAGAUUUAAUGUAUUAAACUUCUCAGAAUAUUGAGAGUUUUGAAUUGGACAAAUAUGUUUGAGAAGUUUGGUAUGCUAAGAAGUUCAGUACAUGGGACACGUGUCCUCUAUGAAGGUGCUACAUAUUAAUAUUCAUUACAGUUGCUAUAGUGGAUUGUCUGGUACAGUUUUACAAUAUAAUGUCUAAUAAUGUCUUUUUCUUUAGUUAGUUAAUAUUUUCGUGAACUUUGCAUAAACAAAUUAGGGAAAAAAAAACCUCUGUAAAGUGCACUGGUGUGAUUCUCAACCUCACAAGAACCACACAUGCUUUAAUCCAGUCAGUUUAGGAUACGAUCUUAGGUCAUGAAAAAUAUCAAGUUAAAAAUAUGCAAUUAUAUAGUCUCAGUAUGUGUAAAUGAUCUCUUAUGUGCAAACUGUUUCAGAUCGAGUGCUUAUUACCACUAAAACUCAAGAUAUAGAGAAAGAGACAAAAGUUAAAACUCCUUAAUGCUCUGGGCUUUUAAAAUAGCACAAGCCAAUCAAAUUAAAGCACUUCCUAUGGACACAGACCAUUAAUCUAAAUGCUUUAUCCAGAGAUUAGUAAUUAAAGACAGUUAUUUUAUUUGGUCAGGAAACCUGUGCUGAAAUGACAGAGUCAGAGUGACUGAAAGGUUGUUUGAGCAAGAAAAACUGUCACUGGAAGUUUCACAGGUCUGCAGGAUAAUCAUUUUGUCAGGUGUGCUGUUGUUUGCAUCUUCCCAUGAAUUUGUUAAUUUGUUUUAUAUGUAUUUUGUUUCUAUUUAGACAAAACUGUUUUGUUUCAUGUAAAAGAGCUCAUCUCUUGAUGAUGUAGAUAAGAAUAUGUAUGUCUGAAUCAUUAAAGUUAUUAUACAUGGCAACUGAAA